AUGCUACUAGGCGUGGCGGCUUCAAUGGCUGCCAGUUGCACACACCCACUGGAUCUGACUAAAGUUCGAAUGCAGACUCUGGAUUCUACAGGAACCAAACAUCCCUCCGCACUCGUGGUGCUUCGGACAUCUAUUAAGAAAUCCGGUAUCCGAAGCCUCUACACCGGUCUGUCGGCUUCUCUCUUGAGACAGAUGACCUACUCUCUCGUUCGUCUUGGGAGCUAUGAGGAAAUGAAACGUCGCAUCUCCCAACGCGGCAAGCCUUCGACACCACAGCUUCUCGCCGCGGGGUGUUUAGCGGGUGCACUCGGAGGCAUCGCAGGGAACCCAGCCGACAUAGUAUUAGUCCGAAUGACGAGCGACUCCGUCAGACCGCCUGAGCAACGGUAUGGCUAUUCAAACGCACUCACGGGUCUAGUGACACUUGUAAAAGAAGAGGGUAUCAAGGGUUUGGGAAGAGGUCUCGGUACCAAUGUGGCAAGAGCUACAUUGAUGACUGCAUCCCAAGUUGGAUCGUAUGAUUAUUUCAAGAGCACGUUGUUGAGUCGACCUAUCCCGAUGCUCGACUACCAGUUUCACGAUGGACUGCUUUUGCAUUCCGUAGCCAGCUGCCUUGCUGGUACGGUAGCGACCACCGUCUGCUCGCCUGCGGACGUACUUCGGUCACGACUUAUGGCUGCUUCCGGCAAUGCGACUUUCUUAGAGGUUCUGAAGACAUCCCUUCAUGAAGAAGGACCACGGUUUUUGUUCAAGGGCUGGACUCCAGCGUUUAUCCGAUUAGGCCCGAACACUGUCCUCCUAUUCGUCUUCUUCGAGCAACUGAAAGCGGGCUGGAAGAAAAUGUUAUAA